CUCCCUCUGGAUCUGUAGCUGUUACCAAUCUUUGUAUUUUUUUUUUUUCUUUUGCUUCUUUCCCUUUUGAUUCGAUCUAUGUGGAAAGAAUAACCACGGCGCCGCCCUUCCUCGUCGUCUGCCGGAGUUCCGCCUGAACGCCCUUGCCGCCGGUUCACCCCACUGGUUGUUACAUCGCGUGAGAGGAGGGAUCUAUAAAAGGAGGCGGUUAGAGCAUAUUCCGGGGAAAUCGAAAUCGAAUCCACCGCACCACGCACGCACGCACGCACGCUUCCCCUACUCCCCCUUCCUCCUCAUCAUCAUCUUCUUCUUCUUCUUGGAUCUCUCUCUCCCCCUCUCCUCCUCCUCCCCCUCCUCAUCCUCAUCCUCAUCCUCAUCCUCAUCCUCAUCCUCAUCCUCUACUCGGCGAUGGCGACUUCGGCGGCGGAGGAGCUCUCGGGGUUGAGCAUUGGCGACGAUUGGGCCGCAUCUUGCCCUAGCCUCCGCAAGAACCUCUCGAUUCUCUCCCCCGAUCAGAUUGAACUUGCCAAAAUCUUGUUGAAUGAGGGACAAAGUCAUCUCUUUAACCAUUGGCCUGAUCCAGGUGCUGAGGAUGAGAAGAAAAAGGGUUUCUUUGAUCAGGUAGCUCGGCUUAAUUCAAGCUAUCCUGGUGGUUUGAAAGCAUACAUUCAGAAUGCAAGAAAGCUCUUAGCUGAUUCAAAAGCUGGAAAGAAUCCAUAUGACGGCUUCACUCCAUCUGUUCCCUCAGGGGAGGUCUUGACAUUUGGUGAUGAUAAUUUUAUCAAGUUAGAAGAGGCUGGAGUUAGAGAAGCAAAAAAUGCUGCAUUUGUUCUUGUGGCAGGUGGGCUUGGUGAACGCCUUGGAUACAAAGGAAUAAAGUUGGCCCUUCCUGCAGAAACCACUACUGGAAAAUGUUUCCUCCAACAAUACAUUGAGUCUAUUUUAGCUUUACAAGAGGCUAGCUGUAAAUUGGCAGGGGGUCAACAACAUAUGCAGAUUCCUUUGGUGAUAAUGACGUCAGAUGAUACUAAUGCACCAACCUUGAAGCUUUUGGAGUCAAAUUCAUACUUUGGAAUGGUGCCCUCACAAGUGAAGCUUCUUAAGCAGGAAAAAGUAGCAUGUUUGGAUGAUAAUGAUGCAAGACUUGCAUUAGACCCGAAUGAUAAGUACAAAAUUCAGACAAAACCUCACGGACAUGGUGAUGUGCAUGCACUACUUUAUUCCAGUGGCAUGCUUUAUCACUGGAAGAGUGCGGGUCGAAAAUGGGUUCUGUUCUUCCAGGAUACUAAUGGGCUACUAUUUAAGGCAAUACCUGCUUCAUUGGGUGUCAGUGCCACGAAGGGAUAUGAUGUCAAUUCUCUUGCUGUUCCUCGGAAAGCAAAGGAAGCUAUUGGAGGCAUAACCAAGCUUACUCAUGCUGAUGGAAGGACAAUGGUUAUCAAUGUGGAAUAUAAUCAGCUUGACCCACUACUUCGAGCAACUGGACAUCCUGAUGGUGAUGUCAAUUGUGAAACAGGAUAUUCUCCUUACCCUGGUAACAUAAACCAGCUGAUUUUGAAACUUGACUCAUAUAUUGAGGAACUCGGCAAAACUCGAGGUGCCAUUGCUGAGUUUGUUAAUCCCAAGUAUAAAGAUUCGAGCAAGACAUCAUUUAAAUCCUCUACUCGAUUGGAAUGUAUGAUGCAAGAUUAUCCAAAAACACUACCGCCUUCAGCAAACGUUGGGUUUACUGUGAUGGAUACAUGGCUUGCAUAUGCACCUGUGAAGAAUAAUCCUGAAGAUGCUGCUAAGGUACCCAAGGGAAAUCCUCAUCAUAGUGCAACUACAGGAGAGAUGGCAAUUUAUAGGGCAAACAGCCUUAUUCUGAGAAAGGCUGGUGUUCAGAUAGCUGAUCCUGUGAAUGAUGUGUUCAACGGGCAAGAGGUGGAAGUCUGGCCACGCAUAACGUGGAGCCCUAUGUGGGCCCUCAUAUUUGCAGAUGUAAAGAGAAAGGUCAACGACAAAUGCUUUGUAUCUCAGAGAUCGACACUGGUUAUUAAUGGCCAGAAUGUGUUUCUCGAUGGCCUCUCCUUAGAUGGCACUCUUGUUGUGAACGCUAUUGACGAAGCAGAGGUGAAAGUGGUUGGUUCUAUACAAAACAAGGGAUGGGUCCUUAAGCACGUCGACUACAAAGACACCUCCUUUCCCGAAGAGAUACGGAUGAGAGGGUUUAAAAUCGAGAAGCUCGAGCAGCUCGAGAAGAGCUAUACUGAACCAGGGAAUUUUUGUUUGAGCUCGUGAAAGAGGUAGUCUCCUCAUAGCCGACUUAAGAUGGUGUGGCUUGUUUAACCGUCUGUUCUUUUAGAGCGUUAUUUUGGGAUCUAAUAUCCUAUUUAUUGAUGAUCUUUCAUAAAUAAGCAUAUACUUCCACUCUGUCGAAUAACCAACUCUGGUGCUGUAUUUUACUGCUAUUUAAUCAAAUGGCAGCGAAAGAUAAGGCUGAGAGGGAGUAUUACUGUUAUUUAAUUAUUUUAUUAAUUUAUGUAUGAUCUCCAUUUGGUGGUGAAUAAUCUUUGUCAUCAAUUGUUGUACUGUAGUUUUAACCAACGUCA